CUGGUCACACUGUCUGUGUUUAUGCCGCGCAUAUCGGGAAAUUGUCGUACAAUUGCGAUUUGCGGUGCAAACCAUCGACCUUCAGCCCAAAAUUGCCAUUGCCCGGAGCAUCGAAUUGGCUGCAAAAUGAGGCAGUCCGCGAUUGGUGAGGACCGCAGGAGCAGCAACCACGAAUUGGGCCACUAGCUGGCACAGGAGCAGCCGGAUCAGAAGGACCAAAGAUCAUAAUAGCAGGAGCAAGGGCAGCAACAAGUCCCUCUGCACGCAACAGGUUACCACGAAUUGCCCACAAGAGGGCACUCAGUUCCGAUUCCAAUCCAAUUGCAUCUCACGCAUCACAUCUAACAACAACACAUCACAUAAUCGCAAUGAGCCCGUUCGGCUCCAAAAAGAACCGCUCCCUGUCGGUGCGGGUGAGCACCUUCGACUCGGAGCUGGAGUUUAAGCUGGAGCCGCGUGCCUCCGGCCAGGAUCUGUUCGACCUUGUGUGCCGCACCAUCGGGCUGCGCGAGUCCUGGUACUUCGGGCUGCAGUACGUCGACACCCGCAGCAACGUGUCCUGGCUGAAGAUGGAGAAGCGGGUGCGCGACCAGCGCGUUGAGCUGCAUGCCAGUAACAAUGUGUACGUGUUUAGCUUCUACGCCAAGUUCUUUCCGGAGAACGUCAGCGAGGAGCUGAUCCAGGAGAUCACGCAGCACCUGUUCUUCCUGCAGGUCAAGCAGAGCAUCCUCUCCAUGGACAUCUACUGCCGCCCGGAGGCGUCCGUGCUGCUGGCCUCCUACGCGGUGCACGUGCAGUACGGGCCGUACGACUACGAGACCUACAAGGACGGCAUGUUGGCCGGGGGUGAGCUCCUGCCCAAGGGGGUGACCGACCAGUACCAGAUGACGCCCGAAAUGUGGGAGGAACGCAUCAAGACGUGGUAUAUGGACCAUGAGCCCAUGACGCGCGACGAGGUGGAGAUGGAGUACCUGAAGAUUGCUCAGGACCUGGACAUGUACGGCGUUAACUAUUUUCCUAUUACGAAUAAGAACAAAACCAAAUUGUGGCUGGGCGUCACCUCUGUGGGCCUGAACAUCUACGACGAGCGCGAUAAGCUAACGCCAAAGACCACGUUCCAGUGGAACGAGAUACGGCACGUCAGCUUCGACGACAAGAAGUUCACCAUUCGCCUGGUGGAUGCCAAGGUCUCGAAUUUUAUAUUCUACUCGCAGGACCUCCACAUCAACAAGAUGAUUCUUGACCUGUGCAAGGGCAACCACGAUCUGUAUAUGCGCCGCCGCAAGCCGGACACCAUGGAAAUCCAGCAAAUGAAGGCUCAAGCCAAGGAGGAGAAGCAACGCCGCCAGAUCGAACGCAAGAAGUUCAUUAGGGAAAAGAAGCUUCGCGAGAAGGCGGAGCACGAGCGCUACGAGCUGGAGAAGAGCAUGGAGCACCUGCAAAACGAGAUGCGCAUGGCCAACGACGCUCUGCGGCGUUCCGAAGAGACCAAGGAGCUGUACUUCGAGAAGAGCCGUGUCAACGAGGAGCAGAUGCAGCUGACCGAGUGCAAGGCAAACCACUUCAAGACGGAAAUGGACCGGCUGCGCGAGCGACAGAUGAAAAUCGAGCGGGAGAAGCACGACCUGGAAAAGAAGAUUCGCGACGCCGACUUCUAUGUCCACCAGCUGACGGUGGAGAAUGACAAGCGGGAGGCCGAGACUGAGAAGCUGCGCAAGGAGCUGAUCUGCGCCAAAAUGGCGGAGCGCGAGGCCACCGCUCGCUUGCUCGACUUUCUCAACAGCGGCCGCAAGUCCUCCACCGACAGCCUGCUGACCGCCUCCAGUGUGUCACACGCAGCCAAUACGGCGUCCAGCAUGGCGGCCAUCAGCACGCCCUCCCUAAUCACCAGUAGCUCAACCAAUGACUUGGAGACCGCCGGCGGCGCCGAGCUGACCACCCAUUCGUCGCACUACCUGGUUCAAGGAGACAAUUCCAGCGGCAUUUCGGACGACUUUGAGCCCAAGGAGUUCAUCCUUACCGACAACGAGAUGGAGCAGAUCACCAACGAGAUGGAGCGCAACCAUCUCGACUAUCUGCGCAACUCCAAAAAGCAGGUGCAAAACCAACUGCAAACACUGCGCUCCGAGAUCGCGCCGCACAAGAUUGAGGAGAACCAGAGCAACCUGGACAUCCUAAGCGAGGCGCAGAUCAAGGCCGGCGAGAACAAAUACUCCACGCUCAAGAAGCUCAAGUCCGGCUCGACCAAGGCGCGGGUGGCCUUCUUCGAGGAGCUCUGACCUUCUCCGUCUCCGCCUCCGUCGCCAUCCAAUCCCCAUCCGCCGACAUGACUAAUCCCCUAUCUAGCUGUACGAUAUUUGGUGUGUGUGCCUGUGCGCGUGCUAGAGUGUAUGAGUGCCUUAACCGUAGUUGUACUAUAACUUACUAUAACAUACUAUACUAAAUGUCUUUCGAUUGUUCGCUCAAGCCGCUGCUGUAAUAAACCAAUUGCAAACGUA